CUACCAAAUACCAAUUACCUGGCAUUGACAGAGCACACUAACAACAAAACUGUUGGAUUUCACAGGAUACAUAAUCACUGUAUUCCCUUACUGCGUAGAGUUGUAGCUUUUUCAAUCAAGGAAUGUAAUAUACUCUGGCAGAUGGAUGUGAAGAUAAAAUAUCUAUGCUGUAAUCCCCUCAAUUCUUCAACACAGGCUGGUGUCUGACAUCAGGAAGUUGGCAUCAGUCUAGACUUCUAACAAAGCUCAAUGCCAGAAAAUUGGACUUGCUCAACUUGAUUUUAGAACUUGCUCAACUUGUUUUCCAUGUGUCGCCAGAAACACAGAGGCGUGCUGAUGGGGUUGUGGGUGGACAUAUCUGACAACAGUUGAUAAUCACAGAUGAAGAAAACAAGUGCUUGAGGAUCAAAGUGGUACAAACCUCAAUGUGUCAAAUUUGAGGAAAAUUAUGAAAGCAAUGUUUUUGUGGUGGUCGCUUGCAAUCCUUUUCUUGAUCCAGAUUUUCGCUUCAGCUUUGGAGUUGGAGAUGCUUGACUAUAAGAGUGAACACUUCACCUGCUCAGAGGGUAUCUCUAACUGCACAGUGAAGGCAGGUGCUGUGGUUCUGAUCCCAGAGUGUCCUGUCAAUCUAGAGGUGCAGCCGGUGCUGUGCUGCAGACAGGGCACGGCAUGCAGACCCUGCCUACAUAUUCACCUUGACAUCCAGCCCAGAAACCACCAGACAGCAUCAUAUGUGAAUGUAUGUUACAACGUACCAGAACUAGGAAUGGACAUUUGCAAGAUUCUGGAGUUCACAGUGAUCCCUGCUGCUCUGGAUGGGCAAGCUACAUCCAAGCAGGCAUGGCUGUCACUGCUGCUUAAAGAUAAUGCAGUGUCCUUCAACAGUCAGGUGACUGUGCAUGUUUGUUCCCACCACUCGAAAGUGGUGCUUCCCUCAGUGGAUGAAGUGUGCUCAUCUGCUGCACGGGGGGUUGUAGAAGAGUGUGACAUCCCUAGUUUCAGCACUCUGAUUGAUCAGGAAAGUCAUGAGGUGAGGCUACAAGUCAACAAGGCAGAUGACAGCCCCUACCCACUGGAAAUGUGCCUACAACAUGAAGAUAACGGAGUGUGCAGGACCUGUAAGGAGAGUACAGUUCCACUGCACUCUGUCACCCCCUGCAUGUGCUUCCAGGUGUGGUGGAAUAAAGGAGACGAGAGGUCUCAUCGAUCCAUUAGCUGUCCCUUUAGAAACCACACCGAGCUGCUGCAGAGGAAUGUAUGGGAGAAUGUGUCAGUAUCUGUGAUGCAGGGCCUAAUGAACAAUGGUGGUGCCAUGCUAUCCUGGAACCUGACUGCCCCCUGUAGGGUGGAGGCAGAAGUGUGGCCCUGCCAGAAAGGGGCAGGCUUGGACAUGGACAGGUGCACAGAGCUGGUUGCCUUUAGGCAGCGUCUGUCAGAUGACAUUUGGAGGGAAAACAGCAGGGGACACUGGCUGAUGCCCGGUGUGUUUGAGGAUGUCGUACCUGGCCUUGAUCUCUGUGUGAUGGUUAAAGGGAAGAACAGUGAGCUUGGCCCCUUCUGUCCCAUUGACUCCAGUUGGUGGCACUGGCGCUGGAGUCUGUUGGUCCUGCUCUCCCUGAUGCUGGCUGUCCUAGCAGCAAUUUGUCUAUAUUUCCUGCAUGGUAAACUGAAACGGUGGGCAUGGGAAUGGUACCAGAAGGAGUGUGGUCGACUAGCCAACAGGGGACACAUAGUGCUGCUGAGCCCGCCGGACGUGGAUGGCUCUGUGUCAGAGCUGGUGUGUGAGCUCGGUUCCUCUCUGUGUGCCCAGGGCUUCAGUGUCUCUGUGGACCUGUGGAGUCGGGCUGAGCUGUGCUCUCUGGGGCCCCUGCCAUGGCUGCACUCCCAGCUGCAGCACCUGGACAGUCAAGGGAUCAGGGCAAUACUGGUACUGACACAGGCAGCCUGGGAGAGGGCAGAGGACUGGGUCCGACAGUGGGACCAGCAGGGCCAACAGGGAAAGGAUAUAGUCCAGGGAGUGGAGAAGGAGGAGGGGGUGAGGAGGUGGAGGGGGAGGAUAAUGGGCUUCUCCAGGGCUUGUCCUCCCCGUAUGCAGACGUGUUCAGUGCCGCUCUGAGCUGCAUCAAGGCAGAACACAAACUGGGCUGUGCUGGAGAGCGCUUCCUCCUGGUGCACUUUGAGGCCCAUUCUGCCAAGCCCCCCAGCAGUGAGAGCGGUCUCCCAGAGCUGUUCCAAGGGCUGCCCAUGUUCCAUCUGCCCUCCCAG